GCCUUUACGACUUUAAUUGACGAACAUUCCUGCGCACAUUCCAACAACAGAACCCACUUCGUCUUCGCAAGAUUGACGACAGGACCUCCACCCCCCCCAAGUCGAGGUCUUAAUAUGCCAUCGCAUACGCGCGAAGGUUCCCACGAUCGGGAGCUAGUUUUAAGACAUCAAUCCGUGCCCAUGUAGGUGUCGACCGUCGCCUCCCACCAAGAGGGCUUUCGUUCUUUCGUUCAAUCUUUCCACCAUGGAUUAUUUUAGACUGACUUUCAAACCGCGGAAACGAAGGUGGGACAGUUCAGAUCCUGAACGGGCGCCUCCGCCAUUGCCCAUGAAUCCCGGUUCCACCAGCCCGGCCACGAAGGGCAAUGUAUCCCCGGGCAUUCAAGCUGUAGCUGCCAACUUCGCGGAGAAGAUGCGCGAAAAUGCACCCAGCUCCUACACAACCAAUCCCAUGCCACCCAAGCCGUCGUCGCCCGAGAAGUCUUUGAUCAAGGGCCAGUUCCAUAAGCGAAUGCAGUCGUUCCAGAACAACGACCCUCGCUCCGAGUUUCUGAACUACCUGGAAAGCAGGUCACCGGAAAGACCGCUCAAAGCGUCGAUACUAGACCCAAAUGCCAAACAACAAGAAAAGAGCCCGACGAAGUCUAGCGAUGACCAGGAGGACCGAGACUCGGAUCGCGACCUUCCCAACCUGCUCAUUUCCAACCGUUACCUAUCCAAACCCAUUCUGGGCGAAAGCACCCCCCCUUCGGCGACUAUGCUGGCUCUGCAGAAUAUGCAGUUGCCGAGUGAGAGCGAAGUGCAGCCGAAGAGCGAUGACUCCGAUCCGUUUGUGGUCUCAAGUGAGACCAACCCAUCGAGUUUGAACUCUUUAUCGACACAAAUCCACAGUCUCACGGACAUCGCAAGCAAUCUCCAGCGGGAGAUGGCGCAGUUGAGCCGCCGCAGCAAAGAUAACGCCACAGACCUGGUCAGCCUCAAAGCCGCCACGAACGCCCGAGACGAAGAUAUUCGGAAGAGUCUUCGCGAUUUAUCCUCCAGCUUGUCUGCAAAGUUUCUAGAUAGUGAUGCUGCCACAAGGUGGGAUUUCAGUACUCUCCUGGGAUCUGAUAAAGAUAUUAACAACAGGGACCCGGAUAGUUCUCCGAACUCGAAGAAAAGUUACUCAGCGCCCCGCAUGCAAAGCCCUAACCCCUUCGCUGCAGCAAUGGAACGCGAGAUGUGCGGCUCUCCAGCGCCAAUCUCUGACGGCUCUGCCAGCAUUGCUCUCUUGGAAAAGGUUCUUCGAGAAAUGGCCACGAAAGAAGGUCAGGAUAAGCUUGUGGAGCUGGCGGAGGAACUGAAAUCCAGACCCACAUCCGACACAUCUGAAAGUCACCCCGACAGCAAAAUUGCGGAGAUGCUGGAGGAAAUCCUGACGCAUGUGAAAGAGGACGCGGGAAAUAAGGCCCUGGUGCCAACCCGACUCAGUUUCAGUGCCGCCCGCAUGCCACCACGCGCGAACUCAGAUUUCACUGGAACCCAAUCGAGAUCGUUCGAUGCAAGACCGGUGUUUGGGCCUGAGGGAGACGAGAUGGACAAUCAUAGAGAGUCCGACCGCUCUCUAAUUCACACCGAUAACCAGGACGACAUGCUGGCUAUCAUGAAACGAGUGAGAAGCAGUGUCAUCGAAGGAGGAGGACUUACAAACGAAGUGAAAGCACUGGUGCGAGAGCUCCGUGGAGAGGUCUUGGGGAUGGGACGAAACCUAGCGCGUCAAUUCGAAGAAGCCCAAAUGCCCAGAGCUCUGGAGGAUCAAUCUAAUAGUUCUCCUGGAGAGGAAGAAAUCGCUGCCAUUGUCGACGAUUGCCUCCACGAACUCAAGGAGCAACUCGCGUCCAUCCUUGCCGAGAACCAGCACCACUCAUCCGCGCUAUCCGAAUUUAGAGCUGCCAUGGAUAGUUCGGCGAUCUAUUCCAUUCUCAAGGGCGCUUUUGAGGACCUCGAUUGGGCUCGACUACGGGACGAGCUCCGCGGAAACGAAAUGCAGAAGGAGGAUAUCAUUGAGACAGUGCGAGAGGCUUGGGAGACUUACAAACCCGAGAUCGAAUUGCAAAAUUUCGGACUGGAGCGUGACGAAAUUCUUGAAUGCCUUGCAGAAGGUCUGAAGGAAUAUCAGCCGAAGCAUGAGCACGCUGUCACGUACGACCAAGUUCUUGCCGCCGUACAGGCUGGGAUGCAAGACUUCGCACCGCCUCCCUCUAUCACCAAGGAUGAAAUCGCGCAAACCAUUCGGGAGUGUUUCGAAAACAGUCAGCCCGCACCUCGGUCCGUGGAGCCUGAACAUCUUCAUACGAUUCGCGAUGAAAUACUGCAGGCAGUUACCGAAUCGGUCACGACACAAAGUGCACUUACAAGGGAAACCCUCGACUCCGGCCUGGGUCGGGACGAAAUUCUGAGUGCUGUGUCAGACGGGAUAGAAGCACACUUCACAGCGGCCAAAGAAAUGGAGACUCCUCACAUCACAAAGGAAGAUGUCGCCAACGUUGUCAACGACGCAUUUUCCGCCCAGCAAUCUGCUGUCAGUGCUGACGCCCAGCCAUCUAUUUCGCGUGAUGACAUUCUGAAUGCCAUUGCAGAAGGAAUGGAGAACCAGAACUCCAUGAUCAGAGAAAUCGAGCUGAACAAGGACGACCUCAUGGAAGCUAUCUCCGCUGGACUUCAAGAAGCAACUGCGUCCACUAACCACAACGUGGGUGAUCAGAUGCUGGGACGUCUUCAGGAGCAGCUGGAAGCCAUGAAGGAAGAAACUCAUCAACGCUCGCUAUCUAAUGAACAAGAUAAUUCGCAGGUGCUGGACGCAAUCAAAGAUGGAAUCGCGGUCGUACGUCAGGAAGUUGAGUCUUACGCCGCCGCCGCUACAGAAGCUUCGGGCAAGCAUGAGAUUAUGGAUACCGUCAAAGAUGGCUUCCGAUUACUGCAGGCCGAUAUGGAGAAGACCAUCACAGAAACUGCUCUUUCCAAUGGGUCUGGUGGUAAUCCCGAUACCCCAGAACUUCUCGAUGCCAUGGAAAAGGAGUUCGAACAUCUUCGAACCAGUCUAAGCGGCAUGUUGAUUCGAAGCAAUGUAUCGGCCGAGAAAGACGAGAUUCUUGACGCCAUCCGUGAUAUUUCAGAAGGCCGAAAAACCGAGAGCACCCAGGAUGUUGCACAGGUUAUCAAACAGGAGUUUGAAAGCCUUCGUGAGUCAAUGAAUAUGAGUCUUGUCCGCGCAGAGGAACCGAAAAACGACAAAGACGAUAUCAUCGCUGCUCUCCGUGAAAGCCUUGAAACGUUCCACACCGAAAAAGAACCCCCUAAAGAGAGCGGUGAAAACGUUUUUUCCACCAACGAGCUUGUCGAUGUUUUCCAAGAUGGGGUUGGUACUAUCCGGGAAGAUUUGGCCAAACUCAUUGACAGACCAGCUGCUUCAGACCACUCGGAGCUCCUCGAAACCCUGAAAGAAGGGCUCAGCAGUUUGAAGGCAGACGUAGAAUCACUGCGCGAGUCACACAAGGGUGCCGAGGGUACCGAGGGUGUCGAGGAGAUGGAAACGACCAGGGGAGGGGAGCUGAUGCUUGCCAACGAGUCAAACAUAGGCACCGAUAUUGAGGGGCUUAAAGCUCUGAUUUCCCAACUCCAAGUCAAGGUCGAGGCAAUCGAGUCAACUCCGCGAGCCGCUGAACCAUCCGCGGAUGCUCUCAAAAAGGAGCACCUCGAUGAUGUUUUGGCAGGCCUUCACGAGCUGCAAGGUUCCAUCUCAGGAAUUGUUGCCCGGGAGAACCCUACAGACGAGACGACAGCCAAGAAGGAGGACACGGAUGCGAUUGAGACCCUGCUUCGGAACACAAAGUCUCAGCUUGACGAAAUGACGUUCCCCGCCCCGGAUGAAAUAGCAAAGGCCGAGCAGCUCGGAAGCUUGGAGGCUAUGGUUAAAGAGACCAAAGAAGCCAUAUCCGAGAUGGGAACUCGCUUGGAAGCGGAGGGGCCAACAAAGGCCGAGAUCGGAACCCUUGAGACCCUGAUGAAGGAUAUGUGGGUUGCCCUCGAGGAGUUGAAGGGCAAGGGGACCGAGGAAGAAACCGAUACCGAGAAACUCGUCAAGGCCGACCUGCAGACGGUCGAGGCUAUGAUUUUCGAAGUCAAGACACAGGUGGACGAGCUCAAACUUCCAGAUGUUGAGACUUUGCCGACCAAAACCGAUUUCCAAGAUCUCUCUGCCCUGGUCGCUGAAUUUAGGGAGAAGACAGAGGCCGAGAAUGAGAUGACCGCCCAAGGCUUUGAAGCACGGAAGGUGGAGCACGCCGGCCUGGCCGAGAAGAUUGACGAGGCUCGGGCGGUCGUCGAGGGUCUUGGAGACGAAAUGAAGAGCAAGCUCGACGGAAGCAACGAAGGCCUCUCCGAGCUCAAGCAACUUCUCGAGGGUUUGGCAGCUUCUGCCGAAAGCUUCACGACAGUCGAAAAUGUCAACGAACUCACGGAAUUGAUCAAUCGGGAGUUCGAGCGCGCUCGCGGCGAGCAGGACGCGGAGAAGCUGGAGAAGGAGGAACGAGAUGCCGCAGCUGUCGUGAAACAUGACGAGACUAGAGCUGCCAUCAUUGUUGAAUUGGGCACCAAGAUUGACGAAAAGCUUGGCGAGGUCAUCGGCAAAUAUGACGAAGCUCAAAGUGCCAUGGAGUCGAAAUUUUCGGACUCUGCUCAACGAGAUGAGGCCAACCUUGAGGCCGUCACUAACACUAAAGCCCUCGCCGAGGACAUCAAGCUCGUCAUUGGUACCAUGGGCAAUAGCGUCAACGAGGCCUGCGAGCGGAUUAGCGCCGACACCAAAACUUUCUUUGAGAAGGUCGAUACGUCGUACACCAAGAUGGAAGAAAUUCAGAAUGAGGUUAAGUCACAGCAGGAGCAAGCUCGAUCAGACAUCGAAAAAGCCGCAGCAGCGACUGAUCGUGUGGAAAGCAAAUUGCACGAGUUCCAUCCCCAGGUUUUGGAGUCCAUUCAAGAGAUUCUGUCGAUUGUUGGCCAACAUUACGAUCAUUCACAGAAGUCUGCCGAAGACCUGAAAAUGGACCUUUCUACUCUGCCUUCUACCAUCCCGCAACUUCUUCCUGCGCUUCCAGCACCUGAACCGGAAAAGUAUGACGACAGCCAAGUACAUGAGAAGCUGAACAGCAUCCUGGACCAUGCUAAGAAUGAAAAGGUGCAUGAGGCGCUUGAUGUUCUUGUUGAACGCGUAACGAAUGACCAGGUGCAUGAGAAACUCGACCAGCUUCUGAACCAGACUACAAGUACCAAUGGCCAGAUGUACGACAAACUCAACGAGCUGCUCAGUCAUGCCACAGGCACCAAUGGGCCCGUACAUGACAAACUCGAUACCCUCAUAGGACAUGCUACCAACACCGAGCAGUCGGUCACGCAAAUGAUGAAAUUGGACGAGAUGCACAAGGACAUCAUGGAGACAUCCCGCAAGAUGAACGAGAUGUUCACGGCCCAGUCGGCGAUGGUCACCGAAGACAACGAGCGGAGACGCAAGGAGUCUGAAGAAGCCGCGGUUGCGCUUGAGAGGCGGAACGCUCAGAAAGACCAAGUCGAAGCUGAGAUUGUUACUCUCAACGAAGAGAAGGAGUCGCUGUUGAAGAUGAUCAGUAGCCUGAAGACCGAAAAGGAUGACCUUGUCAAGCAAAACACGAAGCUGAACAAGGAGGUUUCCGGUCUGGAAAUGGCACUGGAGCUCCGCCAGGAAGAGAUGCAAGUCAUGGAAGAUCGCGCAGACAGCUUGGAGAAGCGGAUCCUGGAAGGUGUUCUCGAUCAUGCCCGCAGUGUGCUUCUUAGCCGCCCCAACAUGCCGGGUUUGAAUAUGAAGAAAUCUCGCGGUUCUCGGGCGCGAGGUCCUAGUUGCGCCAGCAAUGCUAGCACCGCCAAGGACAAUCGCAGUAUCCUCGGCAGCAGCGUUGGAUUGGCUCUGAAGAAGCGAGGGCAAACCCCUUCACAGGCUGGCUCUGUGACCCCGUCCAACGCCAGCAAAGAAAGGCGGAUCCUAAGUCUAAGUCACGUAACGGGCAACCGUGGUGUUUCUGACCGACAAGCCAGCGGCAACAGCGGCUUUGCGAGCCUGAAGCGAAGCCAUUCUGUCAAGUCCAACUUUUCCCAACGGAAAGCCUCGUGGGGUGGCCGGAGCUCGGUAGCCAACAAAGAGAACGAAGCUUUCCCGGAAGAGGAGGAACACCAGAGUGGUGAAGAGAGCGACACAGGUACAGAGCGAAGGACCAGUUAUACCGGCACCUACACGGAUAGCAUGGUUUAUGGAACCGGCAGCGUUGUCUCCACUGAUCGACGAGUGAGCACCGCUAGCUCCACCCCGGGGGGAGCUGGCGCGGAACAGCAGGACACCCCGGGAGAUCGAGAACAAGAUGAGAAUGAUGGGCCGGGUGCAGAGGCGCAGGACGAUGAUGAUGCCGAGACGACCAAGGGCGACGACCCUUCAAAUGACCGAGAUGCCGGAGAUUUGGACGCUGAGGCAGCCAAGAUGGUACUCUACGGACAGCACAGCGACAGCGGACUCGGCCCAGAGAUCACGAGUGCCGUGGGAUAAUCAGCGAAAUGAUCCCCUCCGUCACGCUGAUGACCUGAGACGAUCGUCUGCCACCACCUGAUGUCGAUUCUUCCUUGUGAUAUCCAUAUACCACCGUUUCUUUUUGCCAUGUUGAUACGUUUUCUUCUCCUGUUUCUUUUCCUCCUGUUUUUUGGCCGGACACGCGAAGGAUGUCGGCGUUGAAAUUCUUUUCUUUUGUAAUUUCCUUUGUUUGCAACUUCUG